AUGUUUCUCACAAGUUCUUCUUUGGAUCUUGUUAGCUCUUUUGUUGAGGGUUUGAGCAGUGAAUUUUCUAUAAAAGAUCUUGGCCCAGUACAUCAUUUUUUAGGAGUAGAGAUACAAUCUCAUUUCGAUAGUUUACAUUUAUCUCAAUCCCAUUAUGCCCAUACCAUACUUGAACAAUCUCAUAUCCUUCAUUGUCAGCCUAUGCCCACAACUCUCGAAGCCUGCUCUACAAUUGAGAAGGAUUCUACUCCUGUUAGUGAUCCUAGCCAUUUUCGAGGGAUUAUUGGUGCCCUUCAAUAUCUCAAUCUCACUCAUCCGGACCUCUUCUACAAUGUUAAUUAUGUUUCUCAGUUUAUGAAUUCUCCUACAAUGGCUCAUCUUAAGAUUAUUCAUCAAAUUCUUCGGAAUCUAAAAGAAACAACUCAUUUUGGUUUAUAUCUCCGUUCUAAUACGUCUUUUGAUUUGUCAGUUUUUUCAGAUACUGAUUGGGCAGGAUGUCCAACUACGCGCCAUUCCAGUUAUUGCACUUUUCUUGGAUCAAAUAUCUUUUCAUCGUGUGCCAAGAAGCAACAAAUUGUCUCUCGUCCUAGCACAAAAGCAGAAUAUUGA